AUGGGAAAAUCAAAAAAUAAGAUUUUUGCUGCUUUCAAAGGCCGUGAAAUCGGGUUUUUUUAUGAAUGGGAUGAUUGCAAAGAAGCUACUUCCGGAUUUAAAGGAGUCAAAGGUGUUUUUUUCAAAGGUUUUAAUGAGAAAAAGGAAGCAGAAGAUUUUCUUACAGAAAAUGCAGAGCAAGUUGCCACAAUUAACGAUCUACCAAAAGAAAAUCAGUAUGAUAAAAUUGGAAUCGUCGGCAAAGUAAAGCGUACUGUGCGAAAAAACGCACAAUUUGAUAUUGGUAUUGUUGACCAAAAACUCCAGCUCAGUGUCGAAUUGGAGGACUACACUGGUUCCAUUGAGGUCCCAGUUGUUGAUAAAGCUUUCGAAUUCAUAUUUGACGAAGAAAUAUCUGAAGAAUGUCUACAAGAAAAGAAACAGCUCAGGAAAACUUUGAGGCCAAAAACACAGAUGGCGAAGCGGCGUCUGAAAGCGUUCUUUGGAUUUAUAUGUCUUCGAAGAAGAGACUUUGAUGGCAACUACGAGCUCUAUAAGUUUUGCGCGUUUGAAGAGUUUGACGAUAGAUUGGAGUCGAUCUGUCGCCAGGAAGAGGAAGAAAUAGAAGAAGAAAAUAUUUGUGGAAUCUCAGAAAGAAAUCCUACUGACAGCGAGCCUAUUGAUAAUUCUGAUGUGAUCAAAAGGGAACGUUCUUUUCUAAAACGUGCAUUAGAAGACGAUUAUUCGCCUCAAGAACUCCCACCUCCACCAAAACUACCGCCCCUUUCUUUCCGUGAUUGCGUGUCUAAUCCGCCAGUGUUCGAAGAAUAUACGGGAGAUAUUGGAAUGAUUGGAGUGGACCCGGAAGAGCUCAAGAAGUAUGAACGUGAACCUGAAGAAAGAGUUUUAAAAUCGAUGAUGCUGAAAUAA